CGCCCCUGUGCCGCCUUCGCCAUAUUACCGGAGGGGUUGGGUCACGUGACCACGCUGACCUGGGAGCCGCGACCGGUCGGCGCGGUCACUUGUCCCCCGGUCACCGACCGCACCGCAGCGCCACGUCCACCGACUCUACUGCACCGCUACCAGCUACGUAACUGAGACUGUUCCUGGCCACUCGUUCGUGCCAUGCCGACCACUCGAGGCGGCAGAGGAAGACGAUUUGAAGCAACAAGCGACAAAGGUGCUGACAGUGCUGGCCUGCAUUCGUGGGAAGAAGCAGUUGCGUGCGGACUACGAAGAGUCUGCGUCCCUUGCAGUUAUAGCUCUGGGCGGCGACUCGACAGAGGCAAACGGCGCUGCAUCUGUGCGCUUCAAGAAACCGGGUGCCUGCCACAAGGCGCGCUGGAUGGCCCACGUCAUCUACGGGCUACGGCAUCAAGAUGUUCUUGUUCCGACAUCAGCUACUGGAGCUGGGCAUCAUCUCCAAGGACAUGCACGACAAGCUGCGGCGGUUCGCUGUGUUUGUCUGCCUCUUUUACGUCAAAGAGUGGCUCACCUGCACAACAGCUGCGGAUGCCGCUGUCAGCGACCUCAGCAGGUAUCAGGACCUCAACGUUCUCCGCAGGGUGGACCCUAAGGUAGCGGAGGCGGCAAUGGAGGUGUACGGUCGCCACACCUGGUACCUCACGCAGGAGCUGGUUACCUUGGCGCUGGUCAGCUCCCUGGUGGAUCCUCCAACGAAACGGCGGAUGGCAGACGUCAUACACGAGUAUGCGACGGAGCAGGCAACCGCAACCAGAAUGGGCAAGCCCGAUCUCCCGACUCUGCCCACCGAGGCCGGCCAAGUGAAGGCACUGGAACUGGAUGACUUCAUCGGACCAGAAUCCCGCACAGUGUUCGGAGUCCUCGGCAUCAGCGCGGGAUUUCUGCGGAAGCCGCUGCCGUGGGACGGUGAUCCGGACUUUGAUCGCCUGGCGACAUUCGUCCUGCACCUGCGGGUCACAAACGACACUGCGGAGCGCGGAGUAAAGCUCAUUAGUGACUUCACCGGCCACAUCACGACCUCCGACUUCGAGCUGCAGGAGCUGCUACAGGCUGUGGAGGCGCACCGUCAGCGGUACCCAGACUACAGCAAAGCCACCUUGUCAGCCGCCGUCUGA